AUGGAUCCUUUGUGUUUUCAUGGAAAAUCCAAACAUGUUAAUAUUAUUCCUGGUGAUGGUAACUUGAGGGAUGAUGAUAUUUCUUCUAACAGUGACGAUGAUUUUGAACCUAACUCUAUUUGCCAACCUCAAAAAAGACAUAUUUCUGAUCUGAAUGGGGAUGGCUUUGAAUUCAAAGAUAACACAGAAUUACCGGAGAUAAUGCAGCUAGACACACCAGCAGAGUUCUUUAUUUAA